UUAGAAAUUAGACGACUUGAUCACCAUCCUCAUAUUCAUCACCGAUAGCCCCAAGAAUCAAUGACUUUGAUAUAAAUUUAACGUUUUGUUCAAAGUCAAAGCUAGCCCUCUUCACAAUGGCUUCCACUUUGGACUUGGUGAUGACCACUCAGAAUUUGCCAUCAAUUACCACCUGAGCCUUCUUCGUUGACCACCGCCUGAGGUUAUACAAGAAAAAUCCACAGCCUUAGCUGUUUGGACAAAAAAAGGAAAACAUCCAAGUUCACUAUAAGUAAAUAGUAAUACAACCCUAUUAUUCUUCAAUCUUUAUACUGCAAGUAUGCUAUUACCAUGAAUCUCCUUCACCAGCAUGGCCUCUCACUGCUUCUUGUGCUAUCAUCUAUGGUGGUAGUAUCCCAAACCGCAAACAUAACCUUAGGAUCAUCUCUAUUAGCUUCUAAGGAUUCCUCCUCUUCAUGGCUAUCACCGUCUGGGGAAUUUGCUUUUGGCUUUCGUGCCACCAACAAUGAUCAAAAUGUCUACUUGCUCGCCGUCUGGUAUGACAAAAUCCCAGAUAAAACCAUAGUUUGGUGGGCAAAUGGAGAUAAUCCAGCGCCAGAAGGAUCAAAAAUUGAACUCACUACGAGGGGUCAGUUUAUGCUCACUGGUCCAAAAGGCGAGGAGAUUCCGCUUCCUAUGUCUAUUGCUGAUGAUGAGAUUUCCUAUGCUGCUUUGCUUGACACAGGCAAUUUCGUCCUGGUCAAAAGUUCUAGUUAUGUGUGGGAGAGCUUCAAGAACCCUACAGAUACGUUGCUUCCAACUCGGGUACUGGAAAUUGGUGGUAAGCUAACUUCAAGGCAAAUGGACAGAAACUAUUCAAAGGGAAAGUUUCAACUUCGCAUUCAAGAUGAUGGAGAUGUAGUCCUUCAACCAAUUGCCCCAGCUACAGAUUUUGCCUAUGAGCCUUAUUUCAACAGCAAAACAACUAAUAAUUCUGAUCGCAUGGAUUCUGGGUACCGCCUGGUUCUUAAUGAGUCAGGUUUUGUGAAUGUGGUCAGAAGGAAUGGCAACACUCUCAAUAUUGCAAAUAAAACACAAGCUCCUUCAGGGGAUUUCUAUUAAAGGGCGACACUUGAUUUUGAUGGGAUUUUCACUCAGUAUGCUCAUCCUAGAGAUAACAAAAGUAGGAACUCGGGUUCUUGGAUCACUGUUUGGUCUAUCCCUGACGACAUUUGCUCAGAUAUGACUGGUGACUUGGGAGGAGGACCUUGUGGUUACAAUGGCUUCUGCAGACUUGAUGCUAAUAGAAGGCCUAUCUGUGAUUGUCUUCCUGGGUUUUCCCCCUUGGAGCCCACUAAUAAGUUCAAUGGCUGCAAGCUAGACAAGCAAGUAACUUGUGAAUCAAGCAGGCCAAAACCAGAAGAUAUGUACAAAAUGCAAGAGCUAUCCAAUACUUUUUGGCCCAGUUCUUCAAAUUUUGAACAAUUGCAGGGACUAAAUGAAAAUGACUGUAGCAAAUCUUGCCUCUAUGAUUGCUACUGUGUGGUUGCUGUUAUAAAGGAAUGCACAUGUUGGAAGAAGAAAUUGCCUCUGUCAAAUGGAAGGCAGGACUGGGAUGUUAAUGGGAAGGCUCUGAUAAAAUUGCCCAAAUCUGACGUUCCUUCGGAUGAACCCCUUUCAGAGGAUAGAAACACAAGAAAG